UUUUUCCUCCCAGCAAGCUGUGCGACGCGCCGGGCCUCAUCCUCCUUUGUGCCAUCCGGGUCUCUCCUGCGAGCUAUUUAGUCUGUGGUGAAGCUUCGGACCGGCAGGUACUGUUGGAAGCGGCUGGUGGAGGCGCCGCCCUAGCGGCCGGGACUCUCAACUAUGGCGGCUAGUGAUACAGAACGAGAUGGACUAGCCCCAGAAAAGACAACCCCAGAUAGAGAUAAGAAAAAAGAGCAGUCAGAUGUAUCUGUUUCUCCUAGAGCCUCAAAACAUCAUUAUUCAAGAUCACGAUCAAGGUCAAGAGAAAGAAAACGAAAGUCAGAUAAUGAAGGAAGAAAACACAGGAGCCGGAGCAGAAGCAAAGAGGCAAGAAGACAUGAAUCCAAAGAUAAAUCCUCUAAGAAACACAAGUCUGAGGAACAUAAUGACAAAGAACAUUCAUCUGAUAAAGGAAGAGAGCGACUGAAUUCAUCUGAAAAUGGUGAGGACAGACACAAACGCAAAGAAAGAAAAUCAUCAAGAGGCAGAAGUCACUCAAGAUCUAGGUCUCGAGAAAGACGCCAUCGUAGUAGAAGCAGGGAGCGGAAGAAGUCUCGAUCCAGAAGUAGGGAGCGGAAGAAGUCACGAUCUAGAAGCAGAGACAGGAAGAAAUCACGAUCCAGAAGCAGGGAAAGAAAACGGAGGAUCAGAUCUCGCUCCCGCUCAAGAUCAAGACACAGGCAUAGGACUAGAAGCAGGAGUAGGACAAGGAGCAGAAGUCGAGAUAGAAAGAAGAGAAUUGAAAAACCAAGAAGAUUUAGCAGAAGUUUAAGCCGGACUCCUAGCCCACCUCCGUUCAGAGGCAGAAACACAGCAAUGGAUGCACAGGAAGCUUUAGCUAGGAGGUUGGAAAGAGCAAAGAAAUUACAAGAACAACGAGAGAAGGAAAUGGUUGAAAAACAAAAACAACAAGAAAUUGCUGCAGCUGCCGCUACUGGAGGUUCUGUUCUAAAUGUUGCUGCCCUAUUGGCAUCAGGAACACAAGUAACACCUCAGAUAGCUAUGGCUGCUCAAAUGGCAGCCCUGCAAGCUAAAGCUUUGGCAGAGACUGGAAUAGCUGUACCUAGCUAUUAUAACCCAGCUGCUGUGAAUCCAAUGAAAUUUGCUGAGCAAGAGAAAAAAAGAAAAAUGCUUUGGCAAGGCAAGAAAGAAGGGAGUGAAGAUGAAGCUGGAUGUAGCUCAGUCGAUGAAGACAGUUACAAGACUUUGAAACAACAGGAAGAAGUAUUUAGAAAUCUAGAUGCUCAGUAUGAAAUGGCAAGAUCACAAACCCACACACAAAGAGGAAUGGGUUUGGGUUUCACAUCAUCAAUGCGAGGAAUGGAUACAGUUUGAACAAAAAAGAUGACACAUGUAAAGUUUGGGAUUAUAGACUCCUUGUUCUGAUGUCAAGUCCUUGUUCACCAAACAGCUAGCAUUCUAGCUUGCAUGGGUGUUGCAUUGACUUUAAUUUAUUGAAAAAUACGAUUUUUUUGUAAAUAUCAGAUCAGUGAUACUGGUGUUAGUGUUGUAAUCAGGUUAAACCCACUUCCAUUAAACUUGACAGGACUAUAGAAGGACAAUAUUUUUUAGUUCAUAAAUUCUACUUUUCAAAUAUCUAACAGCUGCAGGUGGGAUAAAAUCUCAUACAUGAAUUUUUUCGUGUCCACUGUCUUGUGUACUUUUGUACUUAACCUUGUACAGUUAUUUUCAUCUCUUGAAACAUGAAAGAAAUGUUAUGUAGAUGUUCUUUAGAAGAUCUGGCCAUUUGGUACAUAAUCCAGCACAAAUAAGCUGGGUGGUGAUGAUAAUAAAAAUGGUUUUCUCAAAACUGGUGUUAAUUUAAGUUACCUGGAAUUCUUGUUUGAAUUUUUUUUUUUUUUUUUUUUUGGUUUCUGCAGCAUUUUACAGUUGGUAUCAGAAAACACUGGCUAAAAAUUUCCCCACCCUUCUUUUUUAGGACCAGUUAACUAUGCUGUAGGCAGUACCAUGGUGAGCAAAAAUGUAAAAGGAAGGUGGGAGGAUCAGACAAACUUACUAAAAUAAUACUGUUUUCCUACUAUUACAAGGGACAGAAUUGGUGUACAGUAUUUGUUAAAUAUUCCUUAUGUUAUUCAGGAAAUUGAUAAACACAUUAAAGGGAUGUAAGCACUUUUAUUUUAAUAAAGUGCCUUAUAACAA